AUGGCAGCGACAGUCGAAGUAUCGCCGCCAGCGCCUCCACUACCGACGAAACACGUGCCAAACGAUGCGCAUACGCCGACUUGUCCUUCGUGUGGCAGCAGUAUAGCCAUGACAGAGCUCCAAGACGCGAGGCAAAGGAUAGACGAGCUCGAGGCACAAAUGGAGCGCUUAAAGGAGAAAGCAACCGCAGCUGUGGACAGGUGCGCCGACUACGAAGACCAGAUACGCAGCCUCCAAGCAACCCCCCACAACGCCCCUAGGCUGCCCCGUACCCAAACCUCGCAAUCCGACAUCGUCAACGCAACGUCUCGCCCCUCCGUCGACGCCGAUCCCCCACGUCCCACAACGUCAAGCUCCACAAAGGCCUCCCGUUUCUCUUUCAUCACAAGCCGCUUCCCGUCGCCCGCCAAUGCGACAUCUAUGCCUCCGCCUCCGCCACCCAAAGAAGCAUCCAGCGCUCCGCCCGUCGACUAUACACUACUGAAUGAGCUGGAGCGCGAGCGUGCCCUACGCGCCAAGGCCGAAGCACGCGUACAGACGGUGGAUUCGGAGAUUGAAGAGCUGAGCGUUCAGCUUUUCAGUCAGGCAAACGAAAUGGUUGCCGAAGAGAGACGGGCGAGAGCCAAGUUGGAAGAGAGGGUUGAGACUCUGGAACGCAGGGACAGGGAGAAGAUGGGGAGGCUGGAUCGUCUGGAGAAGGCUGUGAGCAGGGUGGAGAGAGUCAAGGCGCUGCUGGGCGACAAGGAAGACAUGAAGAGACAGACGAUUGACAGCGGGUUGCUAUCACCGCCGGCUAGGAGGUAA